AGUCGGUGCUGAAUGUCGCGCGAGGGAGUUUCGUUCUUCCCGUUUGUUUUUAUGCGUAUAUAGUGUCAGAAAUAGCAACGCUAUGCAGAAGGCGAAAUGCUACAUUUCGGCAUUGGUCAAGCGCGCUUCUGUUGUGCCAGAAUGGCCUCCAGAAGUAGAAGUGACUGAAGAUGAGGUUUUCUGCAUCUACGGUUACGGUCCCUACCAGAAAGAGCUUUUUCAUUUCGGAUUCUUAGCGGCGGUAGCGCUCGCUUGCAACCAUCUGCUCAGCGUCGUCAUAGCUCCUGACGUGGUCCACAGAUGCAUCAGCCCUCAGAGUGCGACAAACCUAAGCCUGGACGACUGGCUACAUGCAUCUGGAGAGAACAGUAGCAGCGUCGACGAAUGCAACAUUUAUAUCGGGCCUGACAACGCGACGGGUAACUUUUCCAUCGUCGCAUGUAACCACUGGGAAUACCCCAGCCAUAGACCAAAGACUGUUGUGGACCAGUGGGACUUGGUGUGUUCGCAGGGCUGGCUGGUGUCGCUGAGUGCAUCCGUUUAUAUGUUGGGAAGCUUGCUAGGCCUUAUCAUUUUCGGCAAUAUUAGUGACAGAAUUGGACGACGCCCCGUCAUCAUACUUGCAACCAUACUCGUGGUGAUCGCAGGCAUAGGAGUGCUUGCGGCGUCCUCUUUCAAAGCAUUUCUGAUAUUCCGAAUGCUAGUCGGCGCAGGUGCAAUCAUUGUGUACGAAACGGUGCUUGUACUCACUGUCGAAACUGUGGACCCCAGCUAUAGGUGCUACACCUGCUUGGGGUACCACAUCGGAUGGGGAUUCGGCUGUGUAUACCUUGGAAUUGUGGGAUGGUUGUUGCAUGGUUGGCUGUACAUCCAAGGCUUCGUCAUGGUACCCAGCGUUGCCCUCCUCCGUGGUCUUGCGUCGCUUCCAGAAUCACCGAGAUGGCUGAUGGCGACCGGACGUUUCGACGAGGCUGAACUGGCUGUCUCAUACGCCAUCAAGAAAAAUCUGCCGCAGGAGAUGGCAGCUCAGAAAAUGUGGCAGAAGCUCAGGAGGGAUUUAGAAUCAGUACGCCUUUUCCUCUGUCUUUCGACACCAAUCAUCCUGAGCCGCACUCUCGUUUGUUUGAAGGCCUACGACAAGAGCGCGCCCUAUAAGACAGCCUCGGCAUUCGACCUGCUGAGGACGCCGAAGUUGAGGAGCAGAACACUUAUCCUCUUCUACACGUGGUUUGCAAUAUCGUUCACCUAUUAUGCUAUUUCUUUGAACGUCGGCCGCCUGGCAGGGAACGUGUACGUCAGCUUUCUCCUGAGUGCUUCCGUUGAGGUUCCCGCAUACUUAUCCACCUUGGUCGUACUCUCUAUGUACAAACGCAAGACCACCCAAUCUGCCACGUUGCUCUGCAGCGCGUUCGCGUGUGCUGGGGCCGCUUUAUUGCGUGAAGACAAGUCGUGGAUGGCCAUUUCGUUCACCCUAUUGGGCAAGUUCAUGAUAGCGGCCGCGUUCAGUGUGGUGUCCGUCUACUCCCUGGAGAUCUUCCCCACAGUGCUACGCAACGUCGGCAUGUGCUACAGUGCCAUCUUCGCUAAGGCGGCGGCAGCCAUCGCGCCCUUUGUAAAGGAGCUCGGUGAAGCGACUCAAGAUAGAGUACCGUACGUCCUUUACGUUGUUCUAUGUGGGUUGAGCGGACUUCUGGUUCUGCUCCUGCCAGAGACGAAGCUGGCCGUUCUUCCAGACACAGUAAAGGAAGCCGAAGUUUCUGAAGCUCAGCUUAAACGCUACUAUGGAACGGCACAGUCAUAUCAACAGCUUGAGGCGACGCUCCUGAACUGAUUUCCUGCAGCUGCGGACAGCGCGAAUAAGGCCAGCAAUAUGUGCCGAUACAUGGCUUUCCUCGUUCUUUGUAUUUCCUCAUGGAUUAACUAAUAACGGAAAUGGCAGUGCCGAAGUCACAAAUGAAUAAAUGUACUGCAUCUGUCA